AGCACACCCAUGGUCAGUCGAUUAUUUGCGUUCAGCGGUAACAGAUGUGAUCCGGUAUAGUAGGCGAAAUAAAGUGUUCCGAAGUCGCGUUCAAUUUGUGUGAACUUUGUCACUGUGUGUAGAGUAGACCCAGAGUAAGAGAGAAAACGAGAGCGCGCGAUUACUGAACUAAUUUAAAUUAUUAGCGGUCAGCCUGCCUGCUGUGUUCGGACGAACAAACAACGUCACCCAGCAACGCAUAUCGGCACCAUGGUGUUGAUAACCGAGCUGAUUAUCACCCUGCUGAUAGGGUUACUACUUUACCGGGCCUAUCGGUAUCUGUUCGACCGACCAUCGGCAAACUUCCCUCCGGGACCACCGAGGCUACCCCUGCUAGGUGGUUAUCCGUUCCUGUUGACCCUGAACUAUCGGCAUCUGCACCAGGCUGCCGCCAAACUGUCCAAUCUGUACGGCAGUAAGCUGAUUGGCCUUUACCUAGGAUCACACCCGGCCGUUAUUGUGAACGAUUACGACACUGUCCGGGAAGUACUCAGCCGGUCCGAUUUCGAUGGACGCCCGGAUUUGUUUAUGGCCAGACUGCGGGAUGCGCACUUCCAGCGGAGAGGAAUCUUCUUCACGGACGGGGAUAGCUGGAGAGAGCAGCGCAAGUUCUUUCUGAAAACAUUACACCAGUUCGGAUUCGGUCGGCGCAACCCAGAGGUGGAAGCCGACAUAAAUGCUGGCCUGGAGGAACUGGUCAGUCUGCUGCGCGAUGGACCAAAGUACGAUCACGAGAAGGCCCUGGUGGAUGCGACUGGGUUUGUCCUUUGUCCAACGGUGUUUUUUGCACUUUUUUCCAAUGUGGUGCUGAAGAUGCUCAUCGGAGGUCGGUUGGAACGUGAGGAUCAAGGUGUUUUGUUUGAGGUCGGUAAAAAUGCUAUAGGAUUCCAUCGCAACGGCGAUGACUACGGAAUGUUACUCAGCUAUAUUCCCUGGAUAAGACAUCUCUUUCCGAAAGCAACCAAGUACGAUCUUCUGCGAGAAGUAAAUCAGAAAGCGAAUGGAGUGAUUCUAAGUUUGGCGGAAAAAUGCGAAAAGAGCUACGAUGAAAACGAUAUUCGUUGUUUCAUAGAUGCGUACAUCAAGGAGAUAAGGAGUACUAAAGGGGGUGCAUCUACGGGAAAGGACGAAUUCGGCUUCCAAUACGAUCAACUGGUGAUUGGUUGUGCAGAUUUUAUGGUGCCACCGCUAUCAGCGAUCCCGGUUAACAUCUGUCUGAUUCUGGAACGCUUGAUUGAAUAUCCAGAUGUGCAGAAAAAGAUGUACAAUGAGUUAAGUGGAAUCGUCGGAACCAGCCGUCUACCCACACUGGAUGACAGAACCAAUUUACCGUACUGUGAAGCCGUUAUUCGAGAAGGUCUUCGCAUCGAUACCCUCGUUCCCUCGGGAAUUCCUCACGCGGCAACCAAAGAUACCGAACUCAAUGGUUAUCAAAUUCCAAAGGGAACCAUCAUUAUCAAUUCACUUGACUUCAUCCACCACCAGGAGGAAAUAUUCAAAAAUCCUCACAGUUUUACCCCAGAACGAUUUCUUAACUCGGAUGGAAAGCUGGCCAUCGAUCAGGACAAAUCGCUUCCGUUUGGAGCUGGAAAACGUGUCUGCGCUGGUGAUCAAUUCGCUCGAAAUGCUCUCUUCCUGGCGAUAACAGCGCUGGUGCAAAAUUUUACCUUCCAGCUACCGAACGGUCGAUCCAUCCCGGACUUGGAUGCUCGACUAACCGGUGUUAUACGCUCAACACCAGACUUCAAACUCAAAUUUGUCGCUCGCUAAUCAAGGAGCAUGAUUGUAUAUUUUGAAAAGAUCACCAGUAUACCCUGUCAUGAACGAUAACAGCACAUCUCUUCCCUAGUGUUACAUGGUUUAAUCCCACUCUAAUGGUUCAUAAUAAAAAUAUAUAACCUUUUUUGUAAUCUA